CUGGGACGAAAGAACGUUAUCGCCCCAAACUAAUAGGGAACCAGUUAUGCAUACCUAAUAAGGCGUUAAACCCUUCAUCUAAAAACUAACACUUUGAUGUGUUACAUGUUUUAACAGCAUCAAUCAUGAUUGAUCUAAGUAAAAUAAAGGAGGAUUUUUCUGUUCUGGUCAAGGAGGCUCAACCAUGGACCCUUACCCAGUUUGUCAUGUGGCUGGACCUCAAAUUGUCAGAGUUCAAGAUAAAAGGAUAUAUGGUCUUAGAUCAUAAUGUAAAGACUAAACCAAAGUGGUUAGUUGAUGACAACGUUGCAGGUGAUAUUACCCCAAGUCCAGCACCUUGUCAAAAUUGUAAUAAACCAAGACGGGAGGAAAGACAAUUCUAUUCAGACAUUCAUGCAUCUCCAUCUGAGUUACAGUAUAGGACUGUUACCAAAAAUGUUUCUGACAAUUCACAGCAACAGGUACAGGAAGAUUCAAAUAUCAGAGGAGAAGUGGGAAUUAUCGAUUUAUCAGACGGAAUAGGGCAGCGUAAAAACAAUACUCAAACCUCAGGAAGAACUGAAAAUAUUCAAAUGCAAAGUUAUAGACAAGUUUCUUCGCAUGAUUAUCACAUGGGAGAAAAAGAAUCAAAUUAUUCAAAAAGUGAAAAACGGCCCCGUCAAGAAGUCAUAGAAAUAGAUGCUCCUUCACGGUCACCGCAAGAGAAACGUUUCAUUUCAGGAUCUAAAUCAUUUCAAAAGACCAGCACUCCUCGUGUCAUACAAAAACCUAAAAAUAGACAAUCAUUAUCAAUGGGAACAGCUAUAUAUACAUCUACAUCAUCAACGACCACACCUACUUUCUCAACAAGUUAUUCAAUGUCCACACAAAGAAGUGUUCAAUCAAACAGGAACUAUGCUCUUGGAGCACCACCAGUCACAUCCAAUGCUUUCUCUACGUCAACAAAUUUAUCUGAUUUUCAGAAUCUGGAAAAAUUAAUCGCACAAACUAGCCAAUAUAAUGAAAUCCUUUCAUCACACAAUAUUCCUCCUCCUAGUGUUGUAGAACAGUCGAAAGGAUUCACUAAUUCUCAGGGUCACCGUCAACCGUCACAAGUAAGUGCAGCGGAGUCACAAGCUAGUUUUGGACAGUCUUCGUUAUGUGAUAUAAACGUACAACCACAUCUGACGCCAACAAGCUUUAGUGAUACCGUGUCGGAUCCGUCACAUUCACAGUAUACUAUUACUACUAACCAAGAUCAAAACUUAUAUACUCCACAAAGUGAAGCCGUUCCAGUGGCUCUCCAUGUUAUUAAUAGAGAAAAUUCUGUUGGAUCAGUACCAUCUACGUCAGAUAUUACUGAAAUUAAAAUUGAAUCGGAUUCAGAGGACAAUAUGAAUGAUUCAGUUUUAACAGAUGCAAGCCUUGCAAGUAUAUCGCAACCAUCAUUAAUGGACACAUUACCAGACUCACAGCAGCCUUUACAAAGUCAAUCACAGUCCUUUACUGAAGAGCCUGGAGGUUUACCAAAACAAGGUUUAGUGGACCCAGAAACAGCAAAAGCAUAUCAGAUGGUUGAACUUGUUAAUGGCAGUGGUGUUUAUGUAUUUGAUAAGAACAUUCAACAAGCAUUCAAAGUGGGUGCUGAGAGUCAAACUGGAACAUACAGUGGAGAAAAAAUGGCUCGAUAUCUUCUUAAUGUGUUCUGGUCAAGAAAGGAACUUGUUGGUGCUACAUUGUCGAAAGCUGGACGGGGGAAGAAAAUUUUAAACCAACAGAUUAUAGAGGCUAUUUUAGAUUUUUGUAUUAGUCGAGGACGGCAUACUCGUUAUCAGUGCAGGAAGGUUAUCGUGUGCAGUAUAACAUCUAGGACACAUCAAGAAAGACAAAAAUUAAUGAAACUUAAAACUCAGUUUGGAUACAGCAUAAGUGAACUUUCAAGAGCAGGAUUUAAAAAAUAAAAUUCAUCUUAACAGUGUUGUGUCAUGCAGAUUUUGAUGUGAAACUGCAAGGAAAAUUUUUAAAACUGGUGAUAUGUGAUAAAAAAAACGUUACUCAAUGAAAAUAAAAAUGAUUUUUUUUUUGAGAAAACUCAAUCACAUUGGAAUAUUUAGCAAUAAUUUAAAAAACAUUGCAAAAUUAUGUGAAUCUUUUCAGAGGAAGUGAUUGUCAUAGUCAUUUUAAUUUUGUUUUUAUGAUAAUAGCUAUAUACUGUGUGAUUAAAUAAAUAUGUGCAAUACACACUUAUAAAUAUAACCCUUGAAAAAAAGUUGUAUUUGGUUUUUUUUAAUUUGUAUUUUACUGAUAAAUUGACCAACUUUUACAGUACACUUUUACACUGACAGCAGCAUUUGUGGAACCUUUAAAGAAUAAUUUAGAUUUACUCUAAUAUAUUAAGUUAACUGCUUAAAAAACUUUGAUUUUUUUAAAUGCUCAGGCUUUUCUUCCUCAGAAAUAGAGCACCUUAGCUGUAUUUGGCAAAACGUUAAGAAAAUUUUGGUCCUCAAUGUUCUUCAACCUUGUACUUCAUUUGGUCUUUGUAACUUUUUUUUAAAGCGUCACUGAUGAGUCUUUUGUAGACAAAAGAUGUGUCUGGCGUAAAUACAAAAUUUCAAUUCUGGUAUCUAUGAUGAGUUUAUUUAAUUCAAAAUUAUAUUGAUCAAUAGAUAAAGAAAACUGUGAUUAAUUUAUUUAAUUUUGGUAAUUUUUAUUUUAAUUUGUACACAGCAAAAAUAUAUAGUUUUGAAGAAGCAUUAACAAAUCUGCAACCUUUGUAUUCUCUGACUUAAAUUUACUUAAUUUUGUCUAAAGUUUGAAUUAGAAGAAUCCAUAAUACAUGUUUAUAAAUGCUAUACAGAAUCUUAUAAUUAUUAAAUUUGUAUAUCAUACAACAAAAUCUACAUUUUAGUCAUACUAUGUACAUUUUUAAACCUUUUGAUAUUUAACAAACAUUGAAAAUGACAGACAGUACAAGCAAGUUGUAGUUCAAAUGAAAUUCAGUAUCAAUUGGAAAAGUACUGUGGAUUCAUUUAUAGAUUUUUGUUGAUUUUGUGGAUACAGGGGAACCAGUAAUUCAAAUGUUCAACUAAUUGUAAAUUUUCUAAAGGAUUAUAGGUAUAGACUUUGCCAAAACCACAAACAUAUGUAUCCACAAAAAUGCAAGUUUCCCUCAAUCAACAAAAAUUGGUACCAGCGAAAAUUUAUGAAUCCACAGUAUUUAAAAAACUUCUAUGCUGUUAUGUCUCUUGUGGAUAUUUUUUUUUAUAUAUAUGCAAAUGUUCAGUUUUUACUAAUUUAGCAAUCUUCAAAAUUAUUAUAUUGAAUAGGAAUUCUUUGAUAGUUGUUAUUUUUUAUAUUUAAGCAGUUUGAUUCUUUAUUUUAUAAUAAUAAAGCAUAGCUCAUGGAUAUAGUGACAAGCUUAAGAUUUUAACAUUCAUCAUUAUAUGAUUUUGGUUGAGGAAAACACAAUUUAGUGAUGUGCAAAUAUUCCUAUAAAACUGCUAUAAUUAUG